AUGUUUGCAUCCUCAGAAGUUAAGGAGGAACGUACACCUCGAUAUGGAGGAGGACCGCACGGGUUGGGAGAUCCUGAUAGCUAUAAAUUAAGAAAAAUUGAACAAAAUGUAGUAAUACCAAAAAUUGUACGAGAACGAGCAAAAUAUGAAAAAUGUUCUGAAGAAAAUAAAGUUUUUGGAGAUUGUUGCUUGAAUACUGGAUUCUGGAUGUUUUAUAAAUGCAGAAAAGAAGUAAAAGGACUAAAUGAUUGUAUGGCUAAGUGGUUUGUCAAUGAAGAUUUUAUUAAAGAAUGUCGAGAUCAAUAUUUACAAGAACGAAGACAAUACAGACUAACAGGAAUUAAAAAAAAUGCAGAAGUACAGAAGAUGAAAAGUUAA